AGUUGGAAAGUCCUCGGUUCCGUUUCGAAGAGGAAGAUGCGGGACGACUGUGACGUCACGUGCCGCCGCGCGGCGCGCGUCUUCUUCUCCGUCUUCUUGUCGCUCCUCGCCGGGUCGCGCGCGGCCGACGAGGACGUCCAAGUCGUGGUCUUCCUGCCCCGGAACGACUCCUACCUCUUCUCGUACGCGCGGGUGGCGCCGGCGGUUCUUUACGCGCAGGCGAGGCUGCAGGCGCCGGGCGCGCCUUUCUCCGGCGUCCGCUUCGACGUCCGCUUCGACGACUCGGACUGCGCCAACGACGCCGUCUUCCGCCUGCUGGAGCGCUCUUGCGCCGCCAGGCCGGACCUGAUCCUGGGUCCGGUGUGCGAGUACGAGGCGGCGGCGGUGGUGCGGCUGGCGUCGCACUGGAACAUCCCGGUGAUCACGGCGGGCGCCCUGGCCGCCGCCUUCCGGGACAAGACGGGCGAGUUCUCGCACCUGACGCGCAUCGCUCCGUCCUACAGCAAGAUGGCCGAGGUCUUCCGCGCCAUCUUCACCAUGUUCUCCUGGACCAGCGCCUUGCUGGUCUACGAGGACGACAAGGUGGACCGGGACUGCUACUUCACGGUGGAGGGCAUCUACCACCUCAUGGACGACGUCAGCAUCCAGACCUACUCGGUGGCCCGCCGAGACCACCUGGAGCCGGAAGACGUCGUCCAGAACAUGUUGGACACCCAAGUCAUCAUCUUCUGCAUGGACGCCAACAACAUCAGAGAAAUAAUGCUAGCUGCUCACAGGAGACGUCUGACCAGCGGAACUCACAUGUUCUUUAACAUCGAACUCUUCAACGCCUCCUCUUACGGCAACGGUUCGUGGCGGCGAGGAGACAAGAUGGACGACGACGCUCGACAAGCCUUCGCAUAUUUGAACACGGUGACGCUGCUGAGGACGCUCAAGCCCGACUUUGAGAACUUCUCUGUGGAAAUGAAGAAGGCCAGCCAAGGACUCGGACUCACACACUGCAGCGACUGUGCAACUGUCAACAUGUUUGUGGAAGGAUUCCACGAUGCUUUGCUGCUUUACGCCGUGGCUCUGCAUGACGCCAUGAAGCAAGGUUACAGUAAGAAGAAUGGGACACAAAUCAUAUCUCACAUGUGGAACACCACUUUUGAAGGUAUCGCUGGCCAGGUGUCCGUGGACGCCAACGGGGACAGAAACGGCGACUUCUCCUUGAUGGCGAUGACCGACGCUGAGGCAGGAACUUAUGAGGUGGUUGCCAAUUACUUUGGUGUAAAUGAAAGUUUGCAGCUGCUGUCUAACUUCAAACAUCAACACUUCACUCUGGAACAAAUACAGAGAAGUCAUCCUGACAUCUCAGACACUACAUGUGGACUUAGAUUGUCAGCUUUGACCGGUGUCAUCGUGGGAACUGUUCUGGGAACUGUCAUGCUCAUAGUUUACUACUUCUUCAGGAAAAACUACCGGAUAAGCAUCGAGCGCCGCGCACUGGCGGAGGAAUGUGGCGCCGGGAAGCACCGGCAGCUGCGAGAGGACUCCAUCAGAUCCCACUUCUCAGCCGCGUGAACGUCGGGUGAACUUGUCGUACUUCUCUCAGGACAACAAGGCGAGUCUCCAAGCAGCGCUCUGGUUUCUCUCCUCACCAGCGACUCUUUGACCACUGCUGUCUCUUUUAAUAUACACACUGUCUACAAGAUGGCGGCUUUUAGGACCUCUUUUUUGUUGUUUUUACCAAAGUCCUUGACAUGCUAGGCUGUAGGCUACCAAGAGCUAGCAGCUACACCGCGGCUAAGCUCGCGAGACAUCAUCGGUAACAUUAGUCCAUAUAUACGGUAAGCAAGUGUCAAACAAUUACUCACACGUACAAAAAGUCUCCAAGGCAAAGUGUCCAGUAACAGUAGUGUCCGCAUCAUCCAACUUGGAUUAUUGUGGUGUCACUCAAGAAAACACAAUCACCACUCCAGUUCAACUUAAAGACAGCAUAAGUCCAUUCCAGACAGUUAAUGAUAAAUAUGUUAGUUUUUGUUCUCUGUUUGACUUAAUUCACUUGUUAAGACCUUUGCUAACAUUCCACACAACAUACAAACAUACACUAUAAACAAUUCCUGCAACAACAGCAGUAACAGAAGUGUCCGCAUCAUCCAACCUGGAUUAUUGUGGCCGCUAGGUGUCACUCAAGAAAACACAAUCACCACUCCAGUUCAAAUUAAAGACAGCAUAAAUUCAUUCCAGACAGUUAAUAAUGAAUAUGUUAGUUUUUGUUCUCUGUUUGACUUAAUUCAAACACAAUCACCACUCCAGUUCAACUUAAAGACAGCAUAAAUCCAUUCCAGACAGUUAAUAGUAAAUAUGUUAGUUUUUGUUCUCUGUUUGACUUCAUUCACUUGUUAAGACCUUUUCUAACAUUCCACACUACAUACAAUAUAAACAAUUCCUGCAACAACAGCAGUAACAGAAGUGUCCGCAUCAUCCAACUUGGAUUAUUGUGGCCGCUAGGUGUCACUCAAGAAAACGCAAUCACCACUCCAGUUCAACUUAAAGACAGCAUAAGUUCAUUCCAGGCAGUUGAUAAUAAAUAUGUUAGUUUUUGUUCUCUGUUUGACUUAAUUCACGUGUUAAGACCUUUUCUAACAUUCCACACUACAUACAAACAUACACUAUAAACAAUUCCUGCAACAACAGCAGUAACAGAAGUGUCCGCAUCAUCCAACUUGGAUUAUUGUGGCCGCUAGGUGUCAUUUAAGAAAACACAAUCACCACUCCAGUUCAACUUAAAGACAGCAUAAGUCCAUUCCAGACAGUUAAUAAUAAAUAUGUUAGUUUUUGUUCUCUGUUUGACUUAAUUCAAACACAAUCACCACUCCAGUUCAACUUAAAGACAGCAUAAAUCCAUUCCAGACAGUUAAUAGUAAAUAUGUUAGUUUUUGUUCUCUGUUUGACUUAAUUCACGUGUUAAGACCUUUGCUAACAUUCCACACUACAUACAAACAUACACUAUAAACAAUUCCUGCAACAACAGCAGUAACAGAAGUGUCCGCAUCAUCCAACUAGGAUUAUUGUGGCCGCUAGGUGUCACUCAAGAAAACUCAAUCACCACUCCAAAUUCCAGACAGUUAAUAAUAAAUAUGUUAGUUUUUGUUCUCUGUUUGACUUAAUUCAAACACAAUCACCACUCCAGUUCAACUUAAAGACAGCAUAAGUCCAUUUCAGACAGUUAAUGAUAAAUAUGUUAGUUUUUGUUCUCUGUUUGACUUAAUUCACUUGUUAAGACCUUUUCUAUCAUUCCACACUACAUACAAACAUACAAUAUAAACAAUUCCUGCAACAACAGCAGUAACAGAAGUGUCUGCAUCAUCCAACUUGGAUUAUUGUGGUGUCACUCAAGAAAACACAAUCACCACUCCAGUUCAACUUAAAGACAGCAUAAGUCCAUUCCAGACAGUUAAUAGUAAAUAUGUUACUUUUUGUUCUCUUUUUGACUUAAUUCAAACACAAUCACCACUCCAGUUCAACUUAAAGACAGCAUAAAUCCAUUCCAGGCAGUUGAUAAUAAAUAUGUUAGUUUUUGUUUUCUGUUUGACUUAAUUCACUUGUUAAGACCUUUGCUAACAUUCCACACUACAUACAAAUAUACAAUAUAAACAAUUCCUGCAACAACAGCAGUAACAGAAGUGUCCGCAUCAUCCAACUUGGAUUAUUGUGGCCGCUAGGUGUCACUCAAGAAAACACAAUCACCACUCCAGUUCAACUUAAAGACAGCAUAAGUUCAUUCCAGACAGUUGAUAAUAAAUAUGAUAGUUUUUGUUCUCUGUUUGACCUAAUUCUAACACAAUCACCACUCCAGUUCAACUUAAAGACAGCAUAAGUCCAUUCCAGGCAGUUAAUAGUAAAUAUGUUAGUUUUUGUUCUCUGUUUGACUUAAUUCACGUGUUAAGACCUUUGCUAACAUUCCACACUACAUACAAUAUAAACAAUUCCUGCAACAACAGCAGUAACAGAAGUGUCCGCAUCAUCCAACUUGGAUUAUUGUGGCCGCUAGGUGUCACUCAAGAAAACGCAAUCACCACUCCAGUUCAACUUAAAGACAGCAUAAGUCCAUUCCAGACAGUUAAUAAUAAAUAUGUUAGUUUUUGUUCUCAGUUUGACUUAAUUCAAACGCAAUCACCACUCCAGUUCAACUUAAAGACAGCAUAAAUCCAUUCCAGACAGUUAACAGUAAAUAUGUUAGUUUUUGUUCUCUGUUUGACUUAAUUCACUUGUUAAGACCUUUUCUAACAUUCCACACUACAUACAAACAUACACUAUAAACAAUUCCUGCAACAACAGCAGUAACAGAAGUGUCCGCAUCAUCCAACUUGGAUUAUUGUGGCCGCUCUUUGUCACUCAAGAAAACGCAAUCACCACUCCAGUUCAACUUAAAGACAGCAUAAGUUCAUUCCAGACAGUUGAUAAUAAAUAUGAUAGUUUUUGUUCUCUGUUUGACCUAAUUCAAACACAAUCACCACUCCAGUUCAACUUAAAGACAGCAUAAGUCCAUUCCAGGCAGUUAAUAGUAAAUAUGUUAGUUUUUGUUCUCUGUUUGACUUAAUUCACGUGUUAAGACCUUUGCUAACAUUCCACACUACAUACAAUAUAAACAAUUCCUGCAACAACAGCAGUAACAGAAGUGUCCGCAUCAUCCAACUUGGAUUAUUGUGGCCGCUAGGUGUCACUCAAGAAAACGCAAUCACCACUCCAGUUCAACUUAGACAGCCUAAGUCCAUCCCAGGCAGUUGAUAAUAAAUAUGUUAGUUUUUGUUUUCUGUUUGACUUAAUUCACUUGUUAAGACCUUUGCUAACAUUCCACACUACAUACAAACACGAUAUAAACAAUUCCUGCUGAUAUAAUCAAAUACAAUUGAGACUCAGAGUAUUUUUACUGUAUAUUGUUUUGUUCCAAGGUGUUUAUUUAAAUAUUUAAUCAGUGCCAAAAUAGUCUGGUGUACUACUGUAGUACUACACUCUGUUACUGCAUGAAAUACUGUAUUUGUAUGCCAGAGCACAAACAUGAGUUUUUGUUUUAUUUUAUUUUUUCUGUUUCAUUCCUGCUGAUUUUGUGAAUUUUCUUUUUAUAAAUAUGUUUUUUAAGUUAGUUUUAUUUGAAUCUAGCGCCUGAAUGUACACUCAAAGGUGGAAUAAAGUUGAUAUUUCGUUUGUGUUGGACUGUGGUACAAAGAUGACUUCGUAGGAAGGAAGGCCGAGCGCACACUUCCGGCCUUCACAAUAAAAGUGCUGCGACAUCCCGCCUGCGCUGGCAAAAUAAGGGAUGUUGUUGCGCAAC